UUAACAUUUGAGUGAUAAAUGAAUAAAUAGAAAGGUUAUUUGAUGAAAAACCAAACUUAAUUGUGGUACAAAGAAAUGAAUGACAAUGAUUAAAUAAAUAAAAUAAAGCCACUUUGUGCUGAAAUCCUGAUGUCGAUGAUGUCAAUAACUGUGUAAGAGGGUAAAUGCACAGAAAAUAGAAUCAAACGUCUAGAUAAAGAAAUGACUCGUGGCUCCUCAAACUCCUGCUGCCUUCAGGAGCGAAAGAGGAUCACGAAAAUCAGAACCUUCAGCGACACCAGCAUACGAAUAAAAAGGUACGUUUCUACUGAGGAUGUGUGUUUUAACUUGGUUUUAGAGUUUUAUGACACUUUUUUGCAGUGUUAUUGUUUAUUACAGUACAGUGACAGAAUUGUAGAACCUAUAUUAAAAAAAUAUCCGGAUCCAGUGUUUGUAUUUGAUCUUUGAGUUAUUUUGAAGUUUGUAUUAUGAUAUUUUAGCCAAUAAACAACUUCUGUGAAAUCAUUUACGGAAGUAUUAAAAACUAUUUUCUGAUAGUAUUAUGUAUUUAGCUUCAUGAUUAUCAACGUUACUGUAUCUUUUUAUUUUACAGUUUGGCACAGGUGGACUUCAGGGCACAGCUUACUGCUGCCAGAUGAUCUUCGGUGUUUUGUAACUUUGCCUCUUUAUCCUAUUUCCAAUCAGAGACACUUAAAUGUAACUUCCCGCAGUUAAAGCUGUGUUAUACGAGCAGCACCUGAAGGCAGCAGGCUGCCACCCCGCACCGCCUCUUCACCGCUGAGGCGUCAAAAUCACCUUCUCCUCUGCAGCUCAGAGCUCCGCGGCGACUGGGAGGAGAAUCAAACUCCGGGAUCUGGAGCGUGGAUGUCUCAGCUCGGAUGUGUGAGGACCAGCUGCUGGACCGGAACAUGUCGGCCUGAGUGGAUUUAAAGCCGAUCUGAAAUCAGCAGUAACCUCCAGUGUGAUGCAGCUGUGUGAUGGGAGAAUCGGCCGAGCAGGAUGGGCAACAAGCAGACAACCUUCACCGAUGAGCAGCUGGAGGCGUAUCAGGACUGCACCUUCUUCACCCGGAAAGAAAUCCUGCGGUUGCAUGGCAGAUAUCGUGAGCUGGCUCCACAUUUAGUGCCGCUGGACUACACUAACAACCCCGACAUCAAAGUCCCUCUGACGCUCAUCAUCACCAUGCCUGAGCUGAAGGAGAACCCGUUCAGAGACAGAAUCGUGGAGACAUUCUCAGAGGACGGACAAGGGAACCUGAGCUUCAACGACUUUGUCGACAUGUUUUCUGCUCUCUGUGAGACUUCACCCAGAGAGCUCAAGACCAUCUACGCCUUCAAGAUCUAUGACUUUAACAGGGACAACUUCAUCUGUAAGGAGGACAUGGAGAAGACUCUGAACAAGCUGACCAAAGGAGAGCUGACUCCAGAGGAGGUUACGCUGGUCUGUGAUAAAGCCAUCGAGGAGGCCGACCUCGACGGAGACAACAAACUCUCCUUCGCUGACUUCGAGAACAUGAUCUCUAAGGCUCCUGACUUUCUGAGUAACUUCCACAUACGAAUAUGAGACUGCCUUCACAGCUGAGAUCCUGCAGAGACGUCUCACUUUGAUACCUUUCCCUGAUCCAACUGGUCUUUACCCUCCUGACUUCACCUCCCCUGCUCCCCAAACACCUCCACCUGAACCUCAGACCCACCUUGACUCAGUGCCUGUCCUUUCUAUCACCUGUGGAGUGUCUUCUUCUCCAGCAGAACCUGAGACCUGACACCAAGUCUCAUCUGGACUCACAGAAGCACAGGCAACUCUUGCCAACUCUGAAUCUUACAACAACAAACAGCGGGGACAUUUCACAGAGAAAGUUGUUAGUGCAUGAAACCUUUCUCUUUUAAUUAAUCCUGAAUGUUUGGAGGUGGACAGACCAAGAUGGGGCUAAUUUUAUACCAAGAGAGCUUCUCUGCACCGGGGCUGAUGUCUCCUCUGGACAUUUUUUCUCUUCUGAGACACAUGUGGAGACACUGGGAGGACGAUGCUGCAGAGAACAGGGCUUUUCUGACUUCAGUGCUUUGCAGAAAGGCUAGAUCCACUGACUGGAUUCUUUUUAAAAAGCACACUUUUAAAGGGCAAAACAGUAAAGAGCUAUGCAAUCUUUCUUCAUGAAGUGCAUGUUGUAAAUUGCUUCUAGCUGUGGUUACUUUCUACGUCUGGUAUAGUGACACGUUCUGGUGCAUAAUGACAAUCAUAGUAAACUGUAGCUCAGUUGAUGGAAGGGCUCUCUGUCAUCUCACCUGUAAAGUUUGGCUUUGAUAAACUUUUUCCUGCCUCCAACAAACUUGAUAUAACGGCAUUCACUCAUUCAAGACAAAAUCUUUUCUGGCUAGAAUCAAAUAAAAGGUUUUUCUGUUGCUCAACGUUCCAUGACGCUUCUUAUCAAAGAGGACUGACUCAGGUUCAGGUGAUGAGAUCUGUCCUGCCCUGUAUCAAACACUGAGCUGAGAGAACAAAAACUGCUCCACAGUCUGCAGCUAAAAACCAUCAGAUCCAAAACAUUAGUUCAUCUCAUGUACCAUUAACUUUCCUCACAGGAAAGAAGAGGAUGCUCACACUGGAUACAGAACAUACACCAAUUAGCCACAACAUUAGUUCUGCUGGGAAACCUUCGGUCCUUCUUGGGUGGAGGACUUUAUAUUCAGAAUGUAAAUAUUACACAAUCAUUUAAGUUAGUGUUGCUAUAAAACACCUAGAUUAAUGUAGGUUUAGAUAUAAAGGUUUAAUGUAGGUUUAGAUAUAAGAGGGAAAAUGACAGAUGGCCUGAUUAUUAUCAUGCUGCAUUACAGUGGAAAACAAAAGCUAAUUUAUUAUUACAAUCUGAGCAGCAGCUGUUGGCCUCAAGUUUCAGACUGCUGUUCAGAGGGUUGCUCAGUUCAGGUGGAGACUUGUUGUUGCACCACUGAAACACCAUCAGGACAUUCAUCCUGAUUACUCUGACCAGCCAACUGUGGUGACGACACCGUGUUCCUGCUGCCACAGCACACCUGCCUUUAUCUGCUGGAUCACACAGCCUGGACCUGAAGCAUCCUCCUGAGGGAGGUGCUAUCACAUUCAGAGGGUGACUGGUGGGGAAAGAAUGGAGAUCAAUCAUUACUUAAAUAUCAAAGGACUAACCUGCCAUUUAUGGUAUAAAACAUGUCAUACAGGGCUAUAUGAACAUGGUACUGGGACCCAGCGCAAACAGUGAGCUGUGUGGCAAAGAUACUGUGAGAUGACAGGGACAGGUGUAUAUAGAAAACAGGAAGUUAUUAUACUCUGACCUGUUUAUAAACACACACAGAUCAUGGAAGAAAGUAAGCCACUUUAAAAAUCUGAGCAGCUAGAUGCCACGACGACCAAAAACUGAACUCCUUCUUGGACAUGUUGAUAUGAUUCAGUGUGAUCCCAGGUCCUGAGGAUAUCACUAUCUAUAAUGUCCAUCAAUAAUAAACCUCCAGAAUUCCACUUGGAAAUCAGAGAAAAAAGAAGCUGCAGAACUCCAUUCAGAAUCCUCCUGCUUUUAGGUUUUCUUGAGUAGCACAGUAAUCCACUGAGAGUUAUCUGUACAUCCGUGGCUACACUUCAAAUAGGAGCUGCUCACAGCUGAUUCUGUUUUUUUUAAUG